AUGCCAGACAUUGCUCAACACCAGCAUUACAUCAAGGUCAUCAAGUCUAGUUCACGGACACCGUGGCACCAUCACAUCAAAUGCAAAGCGCAUCUCUGCACACAAGCUGAGAAGAAGGCGCUCGCUGAGAAAUGCAGGGCUCAUAAAUGCGCAUAUAAGGAUGCCCUUGCGGAUUCUCAGGAUAUGGUCAUGCAAGAGGCUGUCAAAUUACAUGAAGAAUUUCCUCACAGGACAGUUGAAUAUCAAUUCGAAGCAAUUUUACAACAGUUGCACACCAAGCAGAAGAGCCGAAAAGCAACCAAUUGGAAUGCAUUUCUUCGUUCUGAGGUCAAGGCGAUGAACGCAGCGCGAGCACCCAAUGAACCUCGUGUCAAGGCUACCCAGGCUGGGCAUGAUAUUGCUGCAAAAUGGAAUGCUAUGUCACAGCAAGAGAAAGGCCUCAUGGAAGACUUAGAAGAUCAUCACAACAAUAAGGCUUUAGCAAGUCACAAUGUCCCCAUCAAUGCCUUCCACGAUAUUUGCACUACAUUGGAUUCCGUAACACAAACGCUCACUACUCUCUCUGCCAGGACUGGGUGUCAUACUGCCCUCAUCACUGUUCAAGGUGACCUGGACCAUUAUAACCGCCCUUAUACACCCUCCAACUUCACAACACUUCUCGAAGGUUACUGUACAUCUGGCAUCACCGGUGUUAUUUCUAACUACAAGCAGAGUUUCCUUCAACUCAAGAGCAAGACAUCAGUGCUUAUCCUGGAAAAGCUCCAUGAGGUGGCUCAGGUACCUGUCUCCAGGAUGUACUAUGUCAACUUCAACAAGAACAUUACCGCGCAACAUGGAGUGGUUCUUGAAAACUGGCCACCAAAAAAAUUCACAAGUCCUGGGGACAUCGGCUCAAUGGUAGAGGUCAAGACUGUGUACAAUGCAUUUAUGACAGGCACGACAAAAUUUCGCAAGUUUACAGCUGCCAAGUGGCAAGAUUGGGAAGAGACCAGAUUCAACAUAACCUUGGAGUGCAGUGCAGAAGAUGAUACAGACGAAGGCGUGAAUGCACCAGCAGAUGAGGGCAGGAAUGCACUGGUAGAUGAAGGUGGGAUUAACAUGAACAUUGAUCCAUUCCUCUUGUCUAUCUCACAGCCAAUGAACACUGAGUCCCAGUCUGUACCUACAACAAGAGAGUCUGCGCCUAUCCGAAGGAAAUGA